UUUCUAGAAUCCUUUGCAGUUAUAGGUUUCCAAACUGGGUUUUGGUUUCCUCCCCAAGUAUCUGAGUAAACUAGCGUGAAGCUCACCUUUAAUUUCUAUGGUCAAAAACCCGAAAACCUUGAGCUAGCCACCUGUGUUUUACUGUUUUUCAAAGCAGCCAUCUUUGUUCUUUUGGCCUAUAUAUUUUCAACCCAUGGUUCCAAAUACGACUUCAAACUAUUCGUCGUAUUUAUCUGCUGGUAAUCAAUGAACUCUCUCUGCUCUUCUUCCUCUGCCAUCGUUUCUCUAAAGUCUCCGGGUUCGGAUUCAAACUCUGUUUCCAGGAACUCGUUUGCGUGUUUGUCGGGGUCGGGUCAAAAAGUCGAGUCCGGUGUUGUCAUGGAGAACAAGGCAAAGAUUCUGUUGGGGGACAAUGGUUAUGUUCUUGAAGAUGUGCCGCAUUUCUCGGAUUACAUUCCUAAUCUUCCGACUUACCCAAAUCCAUUGCAAGACAAUCCUGCAUACUCUGUAGUCAAGCAGUACUUUGUGAAUGGUGAUACUGUUGCCCAAAAGAUUGUUGGACACAAGAAUAGUCCAAGGGGCAUCCAUUUUCGGCGUGCUGGACCACGUCAAAGAGUGUAUUUUGAGGCUGAGGAUGUUCAUGCGUGUAUUGUGACAUGUGGGGGUCUAUGCCCUGGACUCAACACUGUGAUCAGGGAGAUAGUUUGUGGUUUGCACCAUAUGUAUGGUGUAAAGGAAGUUUCAGGGAUAGUAGGAGGAUACAAGGGUUUCUAUUCCCGGAACACAAUUCCUUUGACUCCAAAGAGUGUGAAUGAUAUCCACAAGCGCGGUGGAACCAUCCUUGGGACAUCAAGGGGCGGUCAUGAUAAAUCAAAGAUAGUUGACAGCAUUAAAGAUAGAGGAAUUAAUCAGGUGUACAUCAUUGGAGGAGAUGGAACCCAGAAGGGAGCAUCUGUAAUAUUUGAGGAAAUCAAAAGACGUGGUCUCAAAGUUGUAGUUGCUGGAAUCCCCAAAACCAUUGAUAAUGACAUUCCAGUUAUCGACAAGUCCUUUGGCUUUGACUCUGCUGUUGAGGAAGCUCAACGUGCAAUUAAUGCAGCACAUGUUGAAUCUGUAAGCAUUGAGAAUGGUAUUGGUGUUGUGAAGGUGAUGGGCCGGUACAGUGGGUUUAUUGCUAUGUAUGCAACGCUUGCAAGCCGAGAUGUAGACUGUUGCUUGAUUCCAGAAUCACCCUUUUAUCUUGAGGGUCCUGGUGGACUGUUUGAAUACAUAGAGAAACGGCUCAAAGAAAAUGGGCACAUGGUUAUUGUUAUCGCUGAAGGUGCUGGGCAGGAUCUUCUAUCUGAUAGUGUCAACUCUAUGGACAAACAGGAUGCCUCAGGAAACAAGCUCCUCGAAGAUGUUGGCCUAUGGAUUUCCCAGAAGAUCAAGGAUCACUUCGCGAAAAAAAGUAAAAUGGCAAUAAACCUCAAAUAUAUAGAUCCUACAUAUAUGAUCCGAGCUAUUCCAAGCAACGGUUCUGAUAAUGUGUACUGCACACUCCUUGCUCAAAGUGCUGUCCAUGGAGCAAUGGCAGGCUACUCAGGAUUUGUAGCAGGUCCUGUCAAUGGGAGAGAAUGCUUUAUACCCUUUUAUAGAAUCACCGAGAAGCAGCACCAGGUUGUGAUAACAGACCGAAUGUGGGCUCGGCUCCUAUCUUCCACGAACCAACCGAGUUUUCUGAGUACUAAAGAUGUCACUGAGGACAAGAGAGAUGAAGAAGUUCAACAGGCACAUUGUUCAGAUGACAAUUUGGUGAACAAAGAAAUCAGCUAUACAUAUGUACUUGAGUAAGAGAUCAGUCUGACAUACGGCUCCUUGGAUUUUCAAUCGCAUUAAAAUGGUGAAUUUGUUUAUUUAUAUCUAGUCAGAACCGAAGUGCAUCAGAGAUUUUUUGUUUUUUAAUUGUAAAGUGCAUCAGAGAUUCACAGCUGAGCAAAUAAGCUAUCACAUAUUUGUAAAGAGAUUUGGUUUGUCAGGCUAAUAAAAUCUGGGCUCUGGCUGCAAGUUUUGGGAAAAGAAUGCGCUUU